ACAGCCGGUGUUUAAACUAUUCAAUUAUUAUAAGUAGGUAAAUAUUUGCGUAACAUACCAAUAACCAUAUCCAACAGUAAGAUCUAAAAGCCCCCGACACGCCCAUCUACAAAGAGUUCAACAAUUUAUCCAACCUCAUUAUAAUCUAACACUGACCGUGACUUGGCACGCGAAUCGGUAAUCGCUAUUUAAUCGCGAUGUAAAUUGUCAUUGAUAAAAAACAAAACACUGUAGCCCCCACGGCGGUUCCGAUGACGCGUUUAAUUGUAUCGAUAAGAGAGCCAAGUGUAGCAUGUGCGAUGUGUGAUGCUAUACGCUCGGUAUAAGAGGCUGCCGGGCAACGGCGCGCGGAUCAUACAGCCUUACACCGACACCUCGCCGAGACCUUGCCCGCCACGCAAGGACGACUCCAGCCCCUACGAAACUAGCCAUUUUCUUACCGACUCCUAUGCGAGAAGCUCACCUCUGUACUAAGUUUUGAUUAUUCUAAAAAGAAUAAGACUGAACUUAAAAAUAAAACAAGUGUUAUUCAGUGUUGUACUCAGUGAUAAAGGAUUUUAGGUGGCGAACAAAAUGCUUUUCAAGUUAUAAUAGAUCAUUGAACGAGCAAAAUGGAUAUUUUAUUUCGAGAAUCUUGUAAAACCUAUUUACUUCUGCUUCUUCUAGUCAUUGCGGAUGCAACAAGCAGCAAUACGAAUGAAACAUCUAAUGAACAUCGGCAAUCUCGAGUUACGGGAAGGAUAGUUAAAAUAUAUUCGGGAACGAGACCUGAUCCCGUGACCUGUGCCGGCGAAGGUUUUCAAGCCGACCCUCACAACUGCGCCAUCUUCUACCGCUGUAUGAAAUCAGGAAAUGGAAAAUAUUCAGUUUUUAAGUUCCAAUGUGGACCGGGAACUGUUUACGAUCCCGAAACUGAAGUCUGCAAUCACCCUCAUAGUACAAAACGAUCGGAAUGUGGAGGUAUAUUACCACCGCCGAUAGAGGACCGUGUUAGUAAUAAUGAAAUCGAUGACAUUCGUCAAGAGGUACCAUCUCCGAUAACAACUAGUAAACCAAACUAUACAAAGAAAAUAGAAACAGAGAAAACUACUUUUGCCCAAACUUCUACGACUACGAGAUCACCUGUCACAAUAAGUUCGUCUACAAAACGCCAAGUACCAGAUCUUUCGACAGUAUUUACUAGUUCGAGUCCUUGGGGAUCGUCGCUAGGAGUGGCCAACGUAGAUCAUACUAUAAGUCCCCUAAUAUUACCUCCUACCACUGGAACCCAGAAUCAACAGUAUAACGAAGUCCCCAAAAAUAUACUACCCGAUACUCCUCAGACAAGUCGACAAGAUAAUAUUUGUACAUCAGACGGGUUCAUGGGUGACAGUGAAGAUUGCCGCAAGUUUUAUAGAUGUGUAGCUAAUCAAAGAGGGACAUACACGAGGUUUGAAUUUUCCUGCAGCGAAUCAACAGUAUGGGACGAUGACACUCAAAGCUGUAAUCAUGCUUGGGCCGUUAAAAGGAGUAGAUGUAGCAGAAGUGGACAGCAGAGUAACCAGAUAUCAAAUGAAAAUACUAGAGCUACCACUGAGGGAUCUAAAGUUGAGCCGAAUUUAAAAGCUAAAACGAUUCAACAACAACUGCAAAUAAGUUAUGGUUCUAAAGUUACUCAGACGCAAACGCAAAUCAGUAACGGGUCAGUUGUACAAAACCAAACUCAAAUUAACUACGGUGACCGGACAAGCCCCAAAAAAGGCUCAAGAGCUAAACAAAAUCAAACACAAAUAAGUCACGGAUCAGCUACAAGUCAAUCACAGACGCAAAUUGAUUAUAGUGAUAAAGGUGUACAAACCCAGUUACAAAUUGAUCACUCCCAACAAUCUAGUCAGUCUCAGGUACAAAUUCAUGAAUCAACUACUCAAGCAAAUUCGACAUCUGUUGCCCAAACCAAUACUCAGCAGGGUAACCAAUGUACUUCAUCUGGUUUCAUGGGAGAUACGAAUGAUUGCAAAAAGUUCUACAGGUGCAUAGAUAACGGGAGAGGAAGUUACAUGAAGUUUGAAUUUUCUUGUGGAGAAGGUACCGUAUGGGAUCAAAGCAUCGAAGCUUGUAAUCAUGCCUGGGCAGUAAAGGAAUGUGGAGGAAAAGGUUCUACUGGAAGUACUAGCACUACUCAUUCUUCAACGAGCACGCCCAAGACAACACAAAGUCCUACAACUGCGUCAACUGAAAACUAUCACACGACUUCAGUUGCUAGUGUUACAGAAGAUAACGAAGAUGAUGGUUACGGACAACCAAAUCAAAAUCCUACAACUCACUCUACAACAACAGCUGGCCCUACUACAACUGUUACCCUUGUAUCUUCCACACCGUCUUCAAAAGGAGAAUGCCAAUCAAGUGGUUUUAUUGGUGAUCCAAACGACUGUAAAAUAUUUUACAGAUGUGUAGAGAAUGGCAGAGGUGCUUUUACUAAAUACGAAUUUAAGUGCGGUGAAGGAACUGUAUGGGAUCCGGAUUUGGAAGCUUGCAACCAUGCCUGGGCCGUCAAAAAAUGUGGUGGAAGUGCAUCUCCAGAGAAAGUGGAAACCACGACUGUCAAACAAACUACAGUUGAGGCUGAUCAAACAACACAAAGCACAGUUACUAUACAUUCGUCUACAGAAACGUCAAACAUUGAUUAUGAUGACGCUGGUUAUGAAUCAGGUAACAAUGCUUUUACUACGACAACUACAACAACAACGACUUCUACAACCACUUCUAGACCAUCUGGUGACCAUAACUCAGGCUCUGUAUGCCGAUCUUCUGGAUUCAUGGGAGACGCAAAUGAUUGCAAAAAAUUCUAUAGAUGUGUGGGCAACGGCAAUGGAGGUUACACUCGUUAUGAAUUUUCUUGUGGUGAGGGUACAGUAUGGGAUUCAAAAAUCGACGCUUGCAAUCACGCCUGGGCUGUAAAGAACUGUGGAGGAGCUGGAUCAAUAGAUGGUGCCGAAGAAACCACUUCACAAUCGAGACCAACUACAAGUCAUGAUGUAAUUACCAGUAGCUCAACUGAGACUGUUCAAAGCAAUGUAUCACCUACUUCUGGCCCUAGUUCAACAUCAACUACAACGACUACUUCAGGACCUCAGACAGCAAGCGAUGAUUGCACCCGUAGUGGUUUCAUGGGUGACAGCAAAGAUUGCAAAAAGUUCUACAGAUGCGUGGACAAUGGAAAUGGCUCUUACACUAAGUAUGAAUUCGCUUGUGGUGAAGGAACAGUAUGGGAUCAGAAAAUUGAAGCUUGUAAUCAUGCAUGGGCAGUGGAAAAAUGCGGCGGUAGUGUUGAAUCGUCCAGUGAACAUCACGAAACUUCAACUCAACACCAUAAUACUAUAAAUGAUGAAAUCGAUGAUGGCUACAACUCGAAUCAAAAUGUUGGACCAACUUCCACUCAGAGCUCGACGACUGUGAUUACGACUGAAGCGUCAAAAGUACCAACCAAUGACAACACUUGUGUAAAUACUGGUUUUAUGGGUGAUAAAAAUGAUUGCAAAAAGUUCUAUCGAUGCGUCGAUGACGGUAAUAAUGGAUACAUUCGAUAUGAAUUUAGCUGUGGUGAAGGUACUUUGUGGGAUCAAAGUAUAGAAGCUUGUAAUCAUGCAUGGGCAGUCAAAGAUUGUGGAUAUUCUGGAAACAAUACGCAACAUGUUUCAAGUGAAACUACCACGCAUGCUACAGCUACCUCCGGAUCGGAAGACCCAGUUUAUCCUCAAUCUACUGAAAAAACUACUACAACUUUAAUGGUGAGCGUUAACCCAGAUGAUCAAAGCGAAAUAUGCUUAACAGAAGGUUUUAAAGGCGACAGAAAUGAUUGUAAGAAAUUUUAUAGAUGUGUGGACAAUGGCCGGGGUGGAUACACAAAGUAUGAGUUUGCGUGCGGUGAUGGUACUUAUUGGAAUCAGGAAAUAUUAGCGUGUGAUCACACGUCAUCUAACAAGAACUGUGGCGGAACUAGUGUAGGUUCAACGCCACAAAACUCUUAUUCAGAACAGGAUGAAAUGCAAACAGAAGCAACGACUUCGCCAACUUCUUCGACGAUGGGAAAUAACAAUGAUUAUUCAACUCAAAAGCCUCCUGUUUCAUCAGGUAUAUGCACUGCUGAAGGAUUCUAUGGCGAUAUGAAUGAUUGUAAGAAGUUUUAUAGAUGUGUAGAUAACGGUAAGGGUGGCUAUACUAAAUAUGAUUUUACUUGUGGAGAUGGCACAGUUUGGAAUCAAGAUAUUCAAGCUUGUGAUCAUGAAUCUAACAAUAAAAAUUGCCCGAGUCGUCCCGGAUCCGGUAUACAAACAACAGAAACUCCUGGAACAGGAAACAACUUUUCUUCUUCACCCUCUACAGAAUCACAAUAUUCAACCGAAGUGACAGGAACGUCAUCUACUUCUAGCUCAUCAUCAACUAGCAGUUACAAUUGUGAAUCAGAAGGAUUCUUUGCUCACCCUGAUGAUUGCAAGAAAUUCAUUCGUUGCGUUAGCAAUGAUAAAGGAGGGUAUACCAGGUAUGAAUUUACUUGUGGAGAAGGUACCAUUUGGGUUCAAGAUAUAUUAGCUUGUGAUCAUGAUACAGGUGACUCAAAUUGUAAGUCACAAUCAACAAAUAAACCCGUAACAUCAGGCGGGAAUCAACAAACUACAACAGAAAAACAUGACAUUGGCUCGAACACACCUAAACCGACCGACAGACCAACUCAGACAACAGAUAAACUGGAGGAUGAAUAUGAUAAUGAUAGUUCCAAUAAGCCAACUCAGGACAGUGGAGAGUGUUCAUCUGAAGGUUUUUACCCGAACAAAAACGAUUGUAGACAGUUUUACAGGUGUGUCGAUAAUGGUAAAGGAGGUUAUACAAAGUAUGACUUUACAUGUGGUGAAGGCACUGCAUGGGACUCUGAGGCUCAAACAUGUAAUCAUAUUGAUCAAGUCAAAUCUUGCCAAGGAGCAGGAUCACAACCUGUGAUGCAUGAAGAAAAUAAUGCUCAAGCUACUGAAUCUUCAAAGCCAUCUAAUACUCAAGCAACUGAAUCCACAAGUGCAUCUAAUACUCAAGCAACUGAAUCUACAAGCACUUCAAAAACUACAACUACUGCAUCUAACCAAGGCUCGACUAAUGAUAAUAAAAACAGUUGUGACAGUGAAGGAUACUUUGGUGAUAAGCAGGAUUGUACAAAGUUUUAUAGAUGCGUUGACAAUGGAAAAGGAGGGUACACUAAAUACGAUUUCACAUGUGGUGAAGGAACUAUAUGGGACCAAGAUAUAACGACUUGUAACCAUCCUCAAGAUGUUGUUAAUCCGUCUUGUAACCAACAAGGUGCAAGUGCAACAUCCACCACUGCAAGUUCUGCAUCAGGCGGUUCAUCUGAAGCUACGACAACAACUGAAGGUACAGAUAGUUCACAGACUACAUCCAGUACCCAAAGCACUACGAGCACUCAAAGUUCAGGAAACUGCUCUGAAGAAGAAGGAACAAAGAAACCUGAAAAUCAAAAUAUAACUUGCACCAAAGCAGGCUAUUUCGCAAAUCCUAACGAUUGCAAGAAAUUCUAUAGGUGUGUUGAUUGGGAUGGUGAAGGUAAACGUUUUUCAGUUUAUCAUUUCGACUGCGGUGAAGGUACUAUAUGGGAUCCAGCUGUUGAAACGUGUAACCACGAAGAGUCAGUAUAUCCACCACGCGACUGUAGUGGUUCACAAUCACAAAGUGAAAAUCAACCGUCAACUGAACAGACUACUACGUCGCAGCAGGAAAGUACUACUACUACUGAAAAGUCAACCACAACUGAAGGAAGCACCACUCAAAGUACUCAGUCAACGACUUCUGAGCCAUCAACAACUGAACAGACGACCACCUCUCAAGCGUCAACGACUCAACAGUCUAGCACAUCUGAGCAAACAACUACGGAAACAUCAAGUACUUCGGAGCAGACAACUCAACAGUCAACGACGCAGCAGUCUACUACCUCUGAACAAACUACAACACAGCAGUCAACUACAUCUGAACAAACCACACAAGAGUCUACAACCUCUGAACAAACUACAACACAAUCUACUACUUCUGAACAAACUACGACGCAGUCUUCUACAACCGAACAAACGACGACGCAGCAGUCUACAACAUCAGAACAGACCACUGAACAGACAACGACACAACAGUCCACCACAUCAGAGCAAACUACUGAACAAACAACCACUUCCGAACAGACAACGACCCAAAAAUCGACCACAAGUGAACAGACAACAACAGAACAACCAACUACGCAAGAAUCAACCACGUCAGACCAAACGACUCAAGAAUCUACCACUUCUGAACAAACAACUCAAGAAUCUACCACAUCUGAACAAACAACUCAGGAAUCAACUACAGAACAAACAACCACGCAACAAUCAACUACUAGUGACUCGGCAACUGACUCCAGCACUACAGAACAAUCAACAACUCAACAAUCAACUACUGCAGAACAAACUGAACAAAGCACGACUGAAGAAUCAACGACUGAACGACGUGAGAGUACGACCACCCAAGAGUCGACUACUGAACAAUCAACAACUGAGUCACAAGACAACUCAACAACAGAAAGCAGCACAUCCGAACAAACAUCUGAAAGUAAAUGCCCGGAGACCGAUGACGACCAAAACUUAUUCGUAUGCCCUACGUCUUUCAGAAGACAUCCGAAAUACUGUAAUCUGUUCUACCAAUGUGACGAAGAGGAUGACACACAUGAUGUAAAAAUAGCAGUGUUUACUUGCCCUAACAACACUAUUUACGAUGAAAGUCAAACGCGGUGCGUUGAAGAAAAGAAGGCAGAGAAAAAAUGUGACGGACAAAUUGCACAAAAACGUAGAUUUAAAAGAUUUGAUAUGGACUACAAAGAGCCAAUUGUGGUAACAAAAGACAGUUUUGCCUGCAAAAGCGCCGGUUACUUUUCAUUUGAGAAAGACAGUGAAUGCUCACCAGCCUUCCUCAAAUGUAAAACCGAUAAAAAUAAUAAAGUAAAGGGAGUAGUAUAUCAGUGUCCGAGUGGCUACGUAUAUUGGUCGAUCAGUAAACGAUGUGAACCGGUCAACAGGGUAAAGGAUUGUAAACGAUCACAUAACGAUUGGACUGGAAGAUGGGAGAUACCUGUUGAAAGAAGAAAUGUUGCCAGACGUAGCAGAGGGAAAAUUUACUAGUGAUAUAAAUGUAAGCCGCAUUUUUUUGUGAUAAUGCACUGCAUCGGUGCUAUAUAAAACUCACAAAAUACAUAAGUAUAGACGUAUAGGUAGUUGUAAAAAAAUCAUAAACUUUUAGUUUAUGUUCCGCCUCAAAGCACCUGCCAAGUAUCAGUGGAUAAGAUAAAUGGCAAGAGCUUAGAUAAUUAAAAUGUUUUGGCACCCGGGAUAGGGUUGGGUAUUUUGAACUUCUCAAGGAGUAGUUUAACUAUUUGUAAUCUGCAUUAUUUAAAUUGGAGCCUUGGUGGAUAAUAAUUCUAUCGCAUUCAUAAACGCUGCCAAAAAUAAAUCAACCCGUCUUAAAUAAUUUGCUAACAAUUACAUGUUCUUUGAUAACUAUCAUUAUGAAUACGUGAGUUAUUAUUUCAGACUUUAAUAAUAUGUUUAAUUUUAAACAUUUAAAUUUACAAGAUAUCUAGUCUACAAAUUUAUCUACACACUGCUUGCUGCCAUGAUACUAGGUAAAAUGAAGACUUGUGAACAAAAUGUUGUGAACAGUUAAAAACAAUAUUUUGAUCACGACCAUUAGUUAUUAAGUUAAUGUAAGUAAUAAUAUAAGUAAUGAA